AUGCAGGGGGGUGUCAGAGAGUCGUCAAGUCGGACGCAGAGCAUUGCGUCCACUAUGAUAUUGACAGCAGAAGACACAUCCUACGAAAAUGUUGAUACUAAUCGAUUAUAUGAGGCCGUGUUAAAGAUUCUUAUUUUGGAGUACCGUAACGAAGCUAGGUUUCGUACCCCAUUGCCACUGACUUCAAACGAGAGUGCAGGUUCUGGGGCCAAUGGUGGGGCCAGUGCUAACUCAUCUUCUGGGAACGGGUCGUCAUCCUCCACAUUUUCAAGUUAUUAUAAGAGUAGCUCUAAAAUAGAUGGAUCUAAAGAUGACGUUGCAUUACCGCCACAUAUUAUUUCUCUGUUGGAGAAACGUUUGAAUUUGAUUGCUUUGAAGAAACAAGAUCUGCAUCUUGAUGAGCUUACAAGAAGAUCUCUUUUGAGACUUUAUAGUGAAUUGCUUGAUCCCAAAUUUAAAGCAGAAGUGUCACGAAUAAAUAAACCUGAAUAUUUAGUGAUGAAGUUUGUAUCGUGUUCCAACAAGGAGAUGGUGAAAGUUGGUACUAUUCCUGCAAAUGAAGUGAGCACGGCAGUUUUCAAACAAACUGGAAGCUUUGUACAAAUAUUAAUCAGUUUGGUUCAAAAGGAUAAGAAUAGUGAACUUAUAACCAAAAAAUUGAAUGAAUAUAAACAAUCUUUGAAUCCAAGUAGUGGAUCCAAAUCAGGAAAGUCUGUGUCCGAUUCCAAUUCCAAAUCAAAUUCUUCCAUUGCAUCUUUGGCCAAUUCUACGCCAUCGUCUUCUACACCAUUAAAGUAUCCACAACCUUCAUUCAGAGUUUCCGAUAUGGAACAGGCGAUGAUUGAAUUAUUAAUGAAAUUAUUCUCCGUAGAUAAAGUCAAAUUACAAACAGAUAUAUUCAAACUUAAAGAAAUGGCUCAAGAAAAAGCCUUACAUAAGGAUAUCCAACAAGUACAAUUCUAUUUAGGUAAAGAUUUAGGACAACAUCUGGAAAAAUCUUUCCUCAAGAAAGAAUAUUAUGAUGCAUGGAAGGCCAGGGAAGAAGCAUUUUGCACUCAAUUACUUGCAAAAUAUCAAAUCCCACCUUCCAUGAGACUUGUAUCUAUUCCACAAUUACGAUCAGGCGAAGAUUUUUAUAUACUUCCCACUUCAGCAUAUACAAGAGCGUAUUUUGUGGUUCUUUUAAGGAAAUGUUUAGAACUGGAAGAAAAGCAAGAGUCUAAAGAUGAUGUUGCACGUUUAUUUUCUAAACCAGCUCUUGAUUUGAUUAGUCAUUGCUCCAAGUUUUGGCGUAUUGAUUUCCCAACCAGAGCAACUUCAUUGUACACUGCUGCUCAUCUUUCUGGAAUUUUAAAUGAUAAAUUCUCUAACUCCAAAGAUCUUGGACCCAUUGAUAUAGAAAGGACGACCUUGGUGUUACAUUUCUGUAAAAGAGUCAUUGAAGAUUUGGGAAAACUCGACUGGGAAGACAAACAGGUUUGGAGUCUCAAAGAUCAAGAUAUUUGGAGUCGUAAUUUGACGUGUACUUAUAAUCAGGUAUUCCUACUGAUUAAGGAUAGUUUACAAUUGAUUUUUAAUAAAACGGUUAAACCGAAAUUUGGUCCUGAUCUUUCUUUCCUUGGAGAAUAUCUUGAAGCUGAUAGUUUAUUCUUCAAAGUUGAAGAGACUGGAAUAUCUAAAAAGUGGGAAAAGAGGUUAUCCAAAACGUUAUUACGGGUGUCAGAGCUAAGAUAUGCUGAAUUGCUUGGGAAUUUACCGAGAGAUGAUACUUUAAGUAUCAUUCAUAUUCUUGAUAUUUCUGACAGUAUUGUUGGAGAUAUAAAAAUGCUCCAAAAACGAUACAAAAGUCCAUUAUUGGGAUUUUUGAAUGUUUCUCGUACUACCGCUGCGGUUAUUACUGGUAUGUUUGCUUCUGACUCUAGAAAUAUUUUGAAACAUAUUAGUGCUUAUGCAAAGCAAAAGAAUGAAUUCUUACCAUAUGCAGAUGCAAUCGAGGCAUAUAAAUCUUUGUAUGAAAUAAGAGAAAUUUUUAACCAAGUUUCUUUUUCAAAAUCUGUCUUCAAAUUUGAUUUAGAGUCAUUCUUCUAUCCAUUUUUGGAAGCAUGGGUUGAAGAAAGUGGGGUUAGAAUUCGUAAUAUUAUUGACGAAGCUAUCAAUAGAGAUGAUUUCGAACCAAUAGAUAUUGAUAACGAUUCAAAGAAAUUCAGUUCUUCUGUAUUGGAUAUAUUUACCUUGAUCAAAGAGUAUUUGAAAAUUUUGAAAAGUUUGAAUUGGUCAAAUGAAUAUCAAUUAGCAAAAGUAUACACCACUCUUUUGAAAAGCAUUUCUGAUGGUGUAUUGACAUAUGCUGCAAAAAUUACUGAUAAAAUCAUAGGUGAAUUGGACGAAGAAGAAAAGAAAAAAGCAUUGAAAGAAGCCAACGAAUUGGAAAGACAGAAGAAUGUGGGUGGCGGUGCAAACUGGUUCAAUGAAGUGAAGAACGUGGUUUCAAAUAUUCAAAAUAGUGCAAGUAGGUUGGAGACAGAGGAACCAUACAAUUUCCGACCAGAGACUUGUAUUGCCCUUAAUAAUCUUUCUGCCAUGAUGGAACAAUUAAGUAAGCUUGAAGAAUUUUUGGAUCCAGAACUUAUCUCUUCAACUGUUGACACAUAUGAGCCAAAUUCGAAUAAGAAUUAUACCAGUCAUGUGUUCUCGGUCCGAAUUAUUAAGGCAGAAAAUAUUAAAUCAUCUGCUUCUAGUGGAGAUAAUGUACACCCAUACAUCACACUUAUUGACACUAAGGCUAAAAAAACUAUAGGAAAGACUAGAGUUAUAACUAACACAGACAAUCCUGAAUGGGAUGAAGAGUUCGAACUUACUUUGCCGGCCAACUCUACUUUAACAAUUUCAACAACAGUUUGGGAUCAAAGAUUUGGUACUCAUUCAAUUUGUGGACGUGCAUUACUACAAUUAGAUCCUAGAAAUUUCAAACAUGAUGGGCUUCCCCAAGAAAUAUAUCUUGAUUUAGAUUCUCAAGGUAGAGUUCUUCUCGAAGUUGCAGUAGAAAGUGAAAGGAUUGAUGCUAUCUUUGUAAUGGGUCGUGCUCAUAGAUGUUUGAAAAGAUCUCAAGAAAGAUGUAUUAAAUUGAUUGUUCAAAAGUUUUCUAGAUUUAUUCAUCUUUGCUUUUCGAGAAGUAACCUUAGAUCUAUAUGUGGCAACAAUGGUAAUAUUAAACCUACCCAAGAGCAGAUGGACGAUGCGAUGAAACCACUAUAUGAUUAUCUAAACUCCAAUUUAAGAGUUUUGGCGCAAUAUAUGUCAAAGCAAUUACUUUUAAAUGUCAUGUUGGCCGCGUGGUUUAUUGUUAUUUCUAGUGCCGAUGAAUUGUUACUUCCUAAACUUACAAGUGCAAAGACGUUCCAACUCUCAAGUAUGGGAUCCCACCUUACACCUCCCAACUCCAAUGGAAAUAGUGGAGGUUGGCAAUCUGCAGUCACAUCUGCAAUGGCGAAUGUGGGAAAUUCUAUCGGUAUAAGUGGAUUUGGGAAGCAGUUGACCAACCUGGAACUUGAAACUGUUUUCUCGUGGUUAAAUUACUUGUGUCUCGACUUUUUCCAUAAUGAUGGUAAUGGGCCACCAAUUAGGGAUCUUAAAAAUGAACAUUACCAAGCAUUACUUUUAUUGCCCGUUUACUAUGAUAGAGAUGUCGAAUUUCUUACACUGGAAGUUGAAAGAUUGUCUCCAUCAUUCGUUAAAUCGUUACGUGAUAGGAAUAACUUCGAGUCUAAUGAACCUCACAUCGGAAAGGUGGACACAAUAAGUCGAAGUAGAAGUAGGGCUGGUACCAUUGUUCGUAAUAAGACUAUACUUGCAAAUGCCACCGCAAAAUCGAGAGCGAAAGCCGAAAAAGAAGCCAAAGAAGCUAGAACUGAUCCUAUUAGUGCACAAACAGCUGCGGAAGAUAUUAUUUUGAGAUUGUUGCUCAUCAAAGAUCAGAAAGCUUAUGUGGCGAGAAGAUUAGAACAACGGGAAAGGUUGGCACAUAGUAUUGCGACCGAAAGGUUGGCUAGAGCUGCUGCAGAAGGUGUGUUUUCACGUAGGUAA